CAUCACUAGUAGACGCGUUUCACUGACCACAAGUUCACUCAAGUAACGAAAACAAAAAGCACAUCACUCAUGGCUUCAGGUGACGCUUUUAAAGUGUCUUCUCUGAAAGGCAAAGUGACUCUGAUAACGGGGGCCAGUUCUGGGAUCGGAGCAGGUACCAGUGUCCUGUUCGCCAAACUAGGGGCUCUGUUGGCUCUUAAUGGCCGCGACGUGGAAAACCUCAGCAGAAUAGCCAAAGAGUGCACGGACUGUGGAGGCGCCGAGCCUCUGCUCGUACCUGGAGACCUGACGGAUGAGGACACGGUGAAGAAGACGGUGGAACAGACGAUCGCUCACUUCGGCCGGUUGGAUAUCCUGGUCAACAGCGCCGGUAUCUUAGCCAUGGGCAGCAUCGAGACGACAGACCUGGCUCAGUACGAUAAGGUCAUGAACGUCAAUGUCAGAUCUAUUUUCCAUUUGACUCACCUUUGUGUCCCUCACCUGAUCAAGACCAAAGGCUCCAUUGUCAACGUAUCCAGCGUCAAUGGGCAAAGAUCGUUCCCCGGUGUCCUGGCCUACUGCAUGUCCAAGUCUGCCAUUGACCAGUUCACCCGUUGCAUCGCGCUCGAGCUGGCAUCCAAGCAAGUGAGAGUGAACUCUGUCUGUCCUGGGGUGAUCGUCACAGAUGUUCAUAAGAGAGCAGGGCUGGAUGAGGAGCAGUACGCCCAGUUUCUAGCAAAGUGCAAACAGACCCACGCCCUCGGUCGACCUGGAGAGGUGGAGGAAGUCGCCCAAAGCAUCGCCUUCCUGGCAUCCGACGCCGCCAGCUUCAUCACUGGAGUCAACCUGCCGAUAGACGGAGGGCGACACGCCAUGUGUCCACGAUAAGACUCAACAAUGCAUCCAUGUCUUAAUACAGGAAAGCACUUUCAAUCUCAAUGUCUGACUGUGUUUUUGUAUCAAGUAUGGCUGCAAGUUGUUACAGUCAAACUACAAAAACCUGUAAAAAAAAAACAAAACAAGGUGUUCAGGGCCACAGUUUGUCACUUUUUCUCGGCUAAUGGUUGUGUGGACUUGACAGUUCCAGAUGUGACAUGAAAGAGGGGAAGAUGAAAUGUGCGUCUGUAAACAGGCAGUUUAAAUGCAACUCAUUUUCUCACUUUGCUGCGUAGGUUACAUUGAAAACAGCCACUGAUCAACAAAGGGUUCAGACAUUUAUUGAACUGCCAGUUGAGUCCUUAGACUCAUCGACUGCAGUCCUGUACCGUGGUAGUUAGUGUUGUAACGUGACAAAUCCUCUGAGUUUACAGAUGGGCAGGAACAACCACCAUUCCUGCACAUUUCACUGACAAAUACACUGACAGUAAGUAAUACAAGACGGUCAUGUCCUCAAAUACAAUUCCAUGUGGACAUCGUAAUAAUAAUAAAAAACAGACAAUUGAAUCUUUAAAGCUCCAAAUGACCA